GAAAAAACCGUCUGUUGUGUGACGUAAUCUCUUCCUCAUAGCCUCCAUCUUUCGCCACCGCAUGCCUGUGUGGAUAUUUGACCAGGUGAGAACAUGAAUCAGGAAAAACUGGCAAAACUUCAAGCCCAGGUCCGGAUAGGGGGAAAGGGAUCUGCACGCAGGAAGAAGAAGGUGGUCCACAGAACGGCGACAGCUGAUGACAAGAAGCUUCAGAGUUCACUCAAGAAGUUGGCUGUCAACAAUAUCGCUGGAAUUGAGGAGGUGAACAUGAUCAAGGACGACGGGACUGUGAUCCACUUCAACAACCCCAAAGUUCAGGCCUCUCUGUCCGCCAACACCUUCGCCAUCACGGGCCACGCCGAGACCAAGCAGCUGACGGAGAUGCUUCCCGGCAUCCUCAGUCAGCUGGGAGCAGACAGCCUCAGCAGCCUGCGCAAACUGGCGGAGCAGUUCCCUCGGCAAGCUCUCGACAGCAAGGCUCCAAAGGUUGAGGACAUUGAGGAAGAGGAUGACGAUGUCCCAGAUCUGGUGGAGAACUUCGAUGAAGCGUCAAAGGACGAGGCAAACUGACGCACGCGGAGUUCACCUGCGCCCAGGCGGGACUGCAAUGAAGCAAGGAAACCUCCUCCGGUUUUUUAAAAGUCUAGUCCUCCAGACACAUCAGACGCUUACACCAACCAGAGACUUUUCUAUCUCACACUGGCCCAAGGAUGUGCGAGUCAGACUUGGCUUGUGCACUUAUAACAAAAACAAAAUAAAAAAACACCCUAUUCUGGUAAACCAUCAAAUCCCUUCGACCACACGCGUGUCAGUCGUGGUCAGGAUGACAGUGGUCAUUAAAGCUAGUCUUACGACUUUUUGUUUAUCAAACAAAAUAAAGGUGAUUAACAUUU